CUUCCAAUCUUAAUUCUUUGAAUUUGAUUUUGCAAAUCAAAGAUUCCAACUUUAAAACGCCUCUUUUAGAGGGGAGAGAGAGCGAGAUAAAAGAGACGCCAAUCACUGUUACUGCCUCUAAUGGCGUCCAUGGCGGCUCUGUUUAGCAUAACCCCGAUCCAAUCUCUCUCGCCACUCAAAACCCAGAAAACCCAUUAUGCGAUUCCCCUUAGGUUACCCAGUUAUCGUCAAUGCAGUCCCAAAAUCAAAUAUCAGAGGAUCAGUAUAUCUUCUGGCCUGAUCGAACCCGAUGGUGGGCAUCUUGUGGAACUCCUCGUCGAGGAAUCCAGAAGGGAUGAGAAGAGAUUACAGGCACUUUCCAUGCCGAAGAUCAAGCUUUCUCGGAUCGAUCUGCAAUGGGUUCAUGUUCUCAGCGAAGGCUGGGCUAGUCCCCUACAAGGAUUCAUGAGAGAAUCCGAGUUCCUCCAAACUCUUCAUUUCAAUUGCCUCCGACUUGAUGACGGCUCUUUCGUCAACAUGUCGGUGCCGAUUGUUCUCGCCCUAGAUGACUCUCAGAAGAGUCAGAUCGGCGAGUCUCGCAGCGUCGCCCUAGUUGACUCUGCAAACAAGACGGUUGCUAUUCUGAAUAACAUUGAAAUCUACAAGCACAACAAGGAAGAAAGAAUAGCAAGAACUUGGGGCACAACAGCACCCGGUCUGCCUUAUGUUGAUGAAGCCAUAACGAAUACAGGAAACUGGCUUAUUGGGGGAGAUUUAGAGGUUAUAGAGCCUAUCAAGUACAAUGAUGGCCUCGAUAGGUUCAGACUAUCCCCAUCUGAGCUUCGCGAUGAAUUUACAAGAAGAAAUGCGGAUGCUGUUUUCGCUUUCCAGCUGAGGAAUCCAGUUCACAAUGGCCAUGCUUUGCUCAUGACUGAUACACGUCGUCGACUACUUGAUAUGGGUUUCAAAAAUCCCAUUCUUUUGCUUCACCCGUUGGGUGGAUACACUAAAGCAGAUGAUGUUCCACUCAGCUGGAGAAUGCAGCAACAUGAGAAAGUGCUAGAAGAUGGUGUUCUUGAUCCAGAGACUACGGUUGUGUCUAUAUUUCCAUCUCCAAUGCAUUAUGCAGGUCCAACUGAGGUUCAAUGGCAUGCAAAGGCACGGAUCAAUGCAGGAGCCAAUUUCUACAUUGUGGGACGUGAUCCAGCUGGUAUGGGUCACCCGGUUGAGAAAAGAGAUUUAUAUGAUGCUGACCAUGGAAAGAAGGUUCUUAGUAUGGCUCCUGGCCUUGAAAGGCUCAACAUUCUUCCUUUCAAGGUAGCUGCUUAUGAUAAAACUCAGGGAAAGAUGGCGUUCUUUGACCCUUCAAGGGCCCAAGAUUUUGUCUUUAUCUCAGGAACCAAGAUGCGUACUCUGGCAAAAAACAAGGAGAACCCACCAGAUGGAUUCAUGUGCCCCUCGGGAUGGAAAGUGUUGGUCGAUUAUUAUGAUAGCUUAACUCCUACCACCAAUGGAAGAAUCCGGGAACCUGUCCCAGCUUAGUAGGGGUAACAACAGUUGACAAUGUUUUCCUGUUAAAUAUGUUUAGGAGAAACAAUUGUCUCCAUUGUGUUUGCGUGUGUGUUGGGAUAACAGCUUUCUUUAUUUCUUUCUUAUGUGUGAUAUUGAAUAAAUAUGAGGCAAAGGUGCACAGGGACCAAACAUAAGAAAAUGCAAUAGGAUUGCUUUUUAUAUGUCUCCUUGCCAGUGUGAUCAAAAACAAAAGACCCGUAGUUGGGACUUGGGAAGCUUGAAACUGUAAAAUACAUUACCAUGCUCUUUGUAUCAUUAUUCUAUAUUAUGAUUGUGCUUGUGUUUGUACAGUGAAAAAAGUUGCUUUUCAGUUU